AUUGGGCCAAUAAACCAAAAUAAGAAGACCCGCAGCCCAUUGGAGGUACAAACGUCAGAAAGUCGUCGUCGUCGUCGUCGACACUGCUUACAGAGAACCGUCGUCGAGAUUUCAAUGGAAAGACCUCCACCACCACCGCCGCCCCCUCUGCCGCAACCACCGAAGGAAACUCUUGCUCGAGGUUAUAAAUUUGUCUGGCGUAUUCUUCUCAUUUCUAACCUUGCUCUCGGAGCAUACAUAUUUACAAGGCCAAGAAAGAAAGAGGCAAUGAAAAAAGAUAAGAAAGUUACUGUAGCUCAUGAGAUAAAAACCAUUCCUGAUUCUGAAGAACAUGAACAUACCACAACCCCUGUUUAUGAACCUGAGAAGAUCCCAAUUCAUGAAAAUCAAUGGUCUAAACCCUUCAAGUGGUAGUUAGUAAUUACAACUUGUUACAAUAAUCGAUAUCAAAUUCAAAAGCUCUUUUUGAUCAUCUUAUAGGUGUCUUUUAUAAAGAAUGUGACUUGUGGUUGAUGAUUAGAUUAGGUUGAGGAACAAAGAAAGAGAAGAG